UCAUCAAGGCGAAUGAUGGUUUAAAUAAAUGUACGUUUCGUUCAUUGGUCCAUAAAUUACAUCAAAGAAAAAAUCCUAAAUUCUUGGACCCAUCGAAAUCUACUAAAGUAGUAACACCUGCCAAAAUCAAUCAAUCGAGAUUUCGUCCCCCGGAGUGCUAUCUCCCAGAUCUAUUUAUACACGCAAAUUCAAUCACUCAACUAGUAUCUCCUCAAUACGUUAUCGAGGCAUGUAGGUUUAUGAUGAGUUUCGGAUCGAUUGCUCUAUUAUAAGGUAAUAUUUCUCGCUGCAAAUCAUUUCAGUAUUCAAUUGACUAUCGCGUUUGCUAGAACCAAGCAUCCGAAAGCGACCGAAAGUGCGUGAUCCGUUGGCUAUUUUUGAGGUCACGUGCUGCUCCCAGAUGAGCCGCAAGCCGCUGCUGCUCGGUGACAGACAUCCGAUGUUCAAAGUCAAGGAAACUGACUGUUAAUAUGUUUUGCGUUUUUUUUUUGGUACACCUCAUUGCUCUCAACGAGUUCCUUCCACUCCGCGGGUGAAUCUAGAAGUGCUGCCUCGUAAGAGUGUUUAUAUUCUUGUUUGAAUUGAAGUGAAUCUAUUUAUAAAAGAAAAUAUAUACACUACUCGUCUCCACGAAAAUAACGAUCUUGCUGAAAGUACGAAUCCCAUCUUUCUGCUUUCAACUGUAUCGGCAGACGUUUCGGAUAUCCAUCAACAGAUUGGUUCGAUUUUGCUUGAGUGGCGCGAGCUGAGCAAGUUGAUUAAUUGAAGCUUAAUCCCAAACUACAAGUGUAUUCCGAGAGAACAUUUCAAUACGAAGGAUUAAAAUAUUUACAGUGUAUUUGAUUGAUGAAAAAAUUAUUUACAAACACACACCACGAUUGAAGCGAUAAGUAGAAGAUGGCUUUCAAAGUGACUCGUAAAUGUAUAGUGUAUUCGGUGCUGGCAGUGCUGAUAGCUGCUGCACUGCUGACCACACUUCUGGUAUUGCUUUUACGCGACGACGAAGAAAUAAUGAAGAGCUACAAGUUUAGCAACAGUGACCUCGUUAUCCAGCUGGUGGAGCAACCCGAUCAUCGGUACGUGAUCAGUCUGAUCAGGGAUGGCACGCAAAUCCAGCGCAUCACACUGGAUUACGACUUCACGGAUGAUUCGGAGGUCGAGUCGAUCCCACGUGGUCUCCGGCUGGAAGGUAACGAACAGCAAAUCGAGAUCAAGGAUCUCGAGGAUACGAGAAAUUUCUCCAUGAUCAGUAUUACCCGCACCCUGCUCCGCAAGGGGCAGAUCAUAUCCGAUGUGAUCCACACGGCCGACCUUGUGCGGAGCCGAGAGGUCCAGUGGUACGGUGGACCGGAGCAAAAGGAACAGUAUUAUCCGGUGCAACGGUUACGUUUCGAGGACUACGCCUAUGUACCGAAGGAGUUGAACAGUGCAGCGAUCACGGAACGCUAUUGGAUAAACUCGGCGGGCGUCUUUUUUUAUGUGGAGAAAGAAGUUCCACUGUUUAUCGACCAAGAUGAAAGUUCACUUCGCUUAACCGCUAAAAAAGAGCUCCCUUACUACACGUAUGAUGAAACGUUCGAAUUCAAUUAUCGAAUAGGGGUUGCCCGAGAUGUCAAAGAGAGCCACAUGAAGGCGAUAGACAAAGUUCUGAACAAACCAGUGGGAAUACCCGACGAACGCAUGGUUAGACACCCCAUAUGGUCCACUUGGGUACGAUAUGGUAGACCAAUCAAUCAGCAGACUGUGCUGGAUUUUGCCAAUGAAAUCAACGCGUACGGUUUCAAAAAUGCGCAGUUGGAUAUUGACGAUUAUUGGGAAAACUGCUACGGAUCAUUGAUAUUCAAUCCCAUAACGUUCCCGAAUGUAACUGAACUCACGGAACAGUUGAAGGAAAUAGGCUUCCGUGUGACUCUUUGGAUUCAUCCGUUCAUCAACAAAAACUGCCAGCCAUGGUACACAGAAGCGUUGUCCAAAGGAUUUCUCGUCAAAUCCCACAACGAAACUAUCGGAUACAAUACAAAAUGGUGGAACAGUGGAGAAAAUGAAGCAUCGUAUAUUAAUUUUAACAAUCCCCUGGCUGUUGAAUGGUUUCGUCAGCGCUUGCUGGAACUUCGGGAGCAGGGGAUUGACAGUUUUAAAUUUGACGCUGGAGAAACCAGUUGGGCUCCGGCCGACCCAGACAUUCCGGGAACGAAAGCCCUAUCUCCCUGUAGUAUGACAACUAAUUUUGUGCGAAUGUGUGCCGAGUUCGGGUCGAUGAUAGAAAUCAGAACAGGAUGGACAACGCAGGAUUUGCCAGUGUUUGUGCGAAUGCUGGACCUGGACACUCAUUGGGGAUUAAAUAAUGGACUACAGUCGCUGAUUCCAACAUUGUUACAAAUGAAUUUGAAUGGUUACCCAUUUGUACUGCCGGAUAUGAUCGGCGGAAAUGUGUACGGUGACGAUAUUCUAACGAAGGAGCUGUUCAUCAGAUGGCUGCAGGCGAACACGUUUAUGCCCAGCAUGCAGUUCUCGAAAACUCCCUGGGAUAUUGAUGAUGAAACAGUGGCUGUGACAAGACGUUUCGUUCUCUUGCACGAGGACUAUUCCGAGUACAUUUUGCAGCGAAUGCGGCUUGCUGUAGCAGAGGGUACUCCAGUCAAUCCACCUAUCUGGUGGUUGGAUCCUAGCGAUGAUGACGCUUUGAGAGUUAACGAUGAAUAUCUGCUUGGUGAAGACAUCCUAGUGGCACCGGUCUUGAUCGAAUUCGCUAUUGCACGGGACAUUUAUCUACCGAAAGGAACGUGGCGUGAUGGCAAUAACAAUCAAGUAGUGUACGAGGGUGGACGGUGGCUGAGGAAUUACGCCGCCCCGAUCACUACGUUGCCGUAUUUCGUUAAAACAUCUUUUCAAAUGAGAUAGUAAUCAUCGGUAGAAUUUCGAAGAAAUACAUCACAAAAUAAAAGUUGUACAUACCGUUGCGCUGAAA